UAUAUUUACAUUAUAAUAACCUAACCCAUGUUUUAAAAAUCUAAUUUAAAUACCCAAAAACCUAAACCUAAAGAAAAAAAUUAAAAUGGGACUUCUGUACUUAACACAAAAUUCGAUAAAGCAUCUAAACCGAGUGUCACCACAUUUAAAUAAACGCUGCCUAUCAGGGUUACAUCUUUGGAACGAAGAUAUAUCAAGAGAAACAAAAAUAAAAAUAGAGAAACACUGGCGCGAUAAAAUCAAACAAAAACCAUUUGACGAAAACGACAAUACCCGGGAAAAAUAUUAUGUAAAUUCAAUGUUUCCUUACCCAUCAGGUUUUCUUCAUAUGGGGCAUGUUAGAGUCUAUACAAUUAGCGACACUGUCGCACGCUAUCAGCAUAUGAACAACAAAAAUGUCAUUCAUCCGAUAGGAUGGGAUGCUUUUGGUCUUCCUGCAGAAAAUGCUGCGAUAGAUCGACAACUGGCACCAGAAGAGUGGACCAAGAAAAACAUAGCACACAUGAAACAACAAUUACAAAGACUUGGUUGUUGUUUUGAAUGGAAUAGAGAAAUAGCGACUUGUGAUCCCCAGUAUUAUCGUUGGACACAGGAUUUAUUUUUGAAACUUUAUGAUGCUGGACUGGCAUACCAAAAGGAGGCUUUGGUUAAUUGGGAUCCUGUCGAUCAGACUGUUUUGGCUGAUGAACAAGUUGAUGAGAAUGGAUGUUCUUGGAGAUCUGGUGCUAAAGUUGAAAAAAAACUACUGAAGCAAUGGUUUAUAAGAACAACAAAAUUCGCCAAGCAACUCUACGAUGAACUAAACGAGUCAAAUUUGCAAGACUGGCGCGACAUUAUACUGUUACAGAAACAUUGGAUCGGUGAUUGUAAUGGGGUUAAUUUUGAUUUUAAUGUAGAAACUGAAAAAAACAUCCAAAAUACCUUCAUAACCCUUUGGACUUCAACUCCAGAGCACAUAGAAGAAGCAAAAUUUAUCGCUCUAACAGACAACCAUAUACUAGCCAAAAAAGAAAGCGUAAAAACUAACGGGGGAACCGUCAAAUUAAAAGCUAAAGCGUUAAACCCUUUUAAUAACGAGUAUUUACCAAUUUUCGUUACUGAAGAAAUAAAAUUUCUAGAUAGAACCGACAGUUUUAUAGGAAUUCCUGUUAUAUGUCAGCAAUCUUCAGAUUUUGCCCGUUUACAUAACAUACCAAUAACAAGCAAUAAAACCGAUUCAUUUGAACCUAAAAUAAAGCAACAAGAAAUCCUUGAAAAAGCCACAAAACUAAACGCAGGCGGAUACUGGUCCAGUGCGAAGCUCCGCGAUUGGCUGAUAUCGCGCCAAAGGUACUGGGGAACCCCCAUACCAAUAAUUCAUUGCGACACCUGUGGUACUGUACCUGUACCUCGUGAGAGUUUACCUGUAAAAUUACCCCAACUGUCGCAACUGACGAAUAAAGGCAAGUCGCCACUGGAGGACGUCCAUGAGUGGGUAAACACCGAGUGUCCGAAAUGCGGCAACCCCGCCAAAAGAGAAACAGACACAAUGGAUACUUUUGUGGACAGUUCUUGGUACUUUUUGCGGUACAUCGAUCCAAAAAAUGAUCGAGAAAUGUUUAGUAAGGAAAAAGCUUUUAAAAUGAUGCCAGUGGAUUUAUAUAUUGGGGGAAAAGAACAUGCCGUUCUUCAUUUAUACUACGCAAGGUUCGUAAGUCACUUCUUGCAUUCUUUGGGCCUGUUACCUGAAAAGGAACCGUUUAAACGCCUGCUGGUGCAAGGGAUGGUCAUGGGUAGGAGUUAUAGGUUGAAGGGCAGUGGCCAGUAUUUGCCAGAAGAAAAAGUUAAUAUUAUUGAUAUGAAAAAGGGAAAAGCCACACAUAAAGAGACGGGCGAACCGGUAAUAAUAUCAUGGGAAAAAAUGAGUAAAUCCAAGUGCAACGGCGUGGCCCCAGAGGAUAUGUUUAUGGAGUAUGGAAUAGACACAACUAGACUACUGGUUAUGGCCGACGUAGCACCCACCUCUCACAGAAAUUGGAAUUCAAAUACUUUCCCGGGAAUCCUAAAUUGGCAAAAACGCCUGUGGUUAACGAUACGAGACUUUUUAAGACAUAGAAGUACACUCCCACCGAAAAUCUCUGACGAUAAAUACAAAGCGCAAGAGGACUAUCUGUGGGACUCUCGAAAUUAUUAUGUUAAAGGAGCUUCGUUUAAUUACGUCAUUUCUCAGCAAAUUAGCGUUGCCAUAUCCAAGCAGCAAGGAUUAACCAAUAGUAUUAGGAGGGCCCCACCUGCCCUAAUAGCUCAUAGUCUUCAGUAUGAACGGUCUCUAGCAGCCCAAAUUAUACUCCUGGCUCCGCUAGCACCCCAUUUUGCCUCGGAACUAUGGAGUGGCUUCACUUCUGCCCCCAAUCGAAUAAACAACACUGAAGAAAUACGAUGGGACAAAAACGUUUUAGAACAAAAAUGGCCCGAAACCGAUAUGGAUUACGAGCUCGAUUUGGUUUGUAAAGUUAACGGCUACGAAAAUUGUACAAUAAAGUUUCCAAGGGGAGAUCUGGCGAAAUUAAGCAAAGAAGACGCGAUUAAAGUAGCCAUGAGCAGGCCGGAGGUGCAGUUGCCUCUGAAAAUUAGGAAUAUUCUGGAUGUGGAGUUUCAAGUGCAUGAAGGGUUCGAGGGCGUGAUCAAUUUUUUGACAGAUCAGCCUCCGCCGAAGAAGAAAAUUGAGGCAACCAGUGAUAGUUGACAGAAUUUUGUUUAUUAGGCGUCCUUAUGUUUUUUUUUGUUAUUGUAUAUAAUUUAUAAGAAUAAACAUUUUUUUAAAGG